AUGUAUAAAGGGGUGGUUAAGAGGACAUUUUCGACCAUUUUUAGUGGGAUAUUAAAGCAGAAGUCAGCGGAUUUGAAAUCUACGCUUCAGUUCUUGGUCCAAGCCGAAAGGCCGACGACUUUAACGUCGAUUUUCGGCGACGGAACUAAAUUAGAUGGCAGACAUGUUAAACAGAUCACGGAGCUCUUGAACAAGGACUUGCCCGAUGGCAAGGCCAACAAACGACGUAUCGAUGCGCAGUACGAGAUUUUGAUGACCCGUUUGCGUCAACUGGUUGAGGUUUCAGUCAAGAACGUUGUUGAGGACAAAAAUCCUUCCAGUGUCGGUGACAGAAUUGCGAAAUGCGAGUCGAGCGAGCACUUGUACUUGCUACUUUUGGAACUGCAACUGUCACGGAAACUGACGCGCGGGUUAAUGGCAAAAAUCGUGAUGCACAGUCGAUUUGCGCACGCCAAGCAACUGAGCGAAAAUCUAGUCGCGUUUGACCAUGAGCUCGAACUUGCGACGAUGGUUUGGUACCGACUGCGUGGGAGUGAAGCACAGCAGGUGCGAACUGCUUAUCGAGAUAGAUUAAUCGCUAGCUGGCGCUCGUUGUCCGCUUUAGCGCAAAAAUUGGUUUGGAGAAGUGAGCAGCGCGCAGCAGGCAGACCGGGCGUCCUGGAUCUCAUGCAGAAAAUCCCGAAUUGGACUCCCUCAGAUACUGUAGCCUUGUAUCAGGCCCUUUACUCAAUAGCACACGAGUUACCCGCGCCUGCGGAUCUUGUGUGCCACAACGCUACACUGACCGCGAAUCAAAUCGUAUUUGUCGAGACGCUGCGAGCGCUGUCGCCCUGGAUAUCGCAGCAUGUCUCGAUGCGUAAGAAAGCGCUUUCGGUUGUUCGCGCCAGCGUUGAGGAUAAAGUGGCUCUCGAAGCAACCGAGAACUCAGAGGUUUCUGUCUUCAGAUACAGGUUCAUCCGAAGACUGGACGAUCUAGUGCAGCAAGCCGUGCGUGACAGCGACGAGCCAGAGCAGCAGGCUGCCAUCCAACGCGUGCUCACGAAACUGCAUGCAGAACAAGAGCAGAUACGGUCUCAAACCGUUCUCAAAUUCAUAUGA